AUGCGAUCAUUCAUUAAGUCUCAUAGGAAGAAUGAGUCCACAGGAUCUGAAUCUCAAAUUUGGGAACUUGACAGACCACCUGUGCUUGACCAUUCCCAAAGUACCCCAGUUUCAUCGCCAAAUGUUAGACAAAGUAAUCAAUUCACUCCUCCAGCCAUACUGAACGGCAACAGCACAAGCUUGAGCUCACCCAAGAAACUACUAACGCCCAUACGGAAUCUAUUUUCUGCGUCCAACAAUCGUUUGAAGCUGUCUAAAAAUAUAUCGAACACAAAUGAAGCAUUUAAUAUAGGAAUAACAAGAGAUAUUCCAACAACUCAGGGGAUUUAUGAAAAUGGCUCUCCCAGAAGAUUUAAUGGAAGAGAUCAUAUAAGAGGCGAUAUGCCUUUAUCAGAAAGCCAUGAUGAUACACCAGUUCUGCGUUUGCAUAGAUCUACAGGAAUGAUUUCGAUGUCAAGUUCCAGUGCAGUAAAUGAUAAUUCCGAGCCAAAGGGGCUAAAGAGCUCUCCGUUCAUCAAGAAUUCCUCAAAGAAGCUAUUAGGAUCAAGUUUUAAUGGCAUUUCAGCAGAAUUAGAACCGUCAAGCAGCUCUCUCAGGAAGACUACAAACAGACAGGUUUCUUUCUCUCAAGAAUCACCUCGAGCGUUGAAUGAUACAAAGCAUCGCGACGACUUUGAUCAAUGGGAUGAUAUUACGAGUGACUCUUCUUCUCAAUUUUCGUUCGUUGAGGAUAGAAAAGGAGGAAGAAACACUUCAGUCAAGUAUUAUAAAACAAUAAGUCAAAACAAAAGACGUCUCGAAGACGGAGUGUCUAAGCUGAACUUAUUUAAUGAGCAAGAUUUAGGCUAUGAAAUUGAUGAGUUCUCAGAUUAUGAUUAUGAAAACAACGGCAUAGGCGAUGAUAUAACUGAUGGGGAAGAGGAAGUUGAUGAAGAAAUCCAAUAUAAUAUUAUAUUUGGAAAUGAAGAACUAGAAAGAAAUAAUGACUCUCAGAUGGACUCCGAGAUGUUGGGUGUGCUGCUAGAUAUUUCUUCAUCAGGGUCUUCUAGUGUGAAACCUCGACGGGAAUGUAAUAGGGCAAGAAAAAGCCACGACAUAAAAGUAUUCAAUAAUUCUUUUCACUUGUCAAUGGAGAACUUUAACUUUAAAGGAACUAGUGCACAGAAUGAGAUCAAAGAAGAAUCAAAAUCUGAUGAUGCUUUGGAAAAUUAUUUUGUCAGCAGUGACCUGUCAUCUUUUAUUUCUGUUAAUAGUACUCAGACAGAACCCAAAGAUUUCAAGUCGCCCGGGGCCAAUUCCGAAUGCUUGAAUCUUUAUGAUAUUAGUUCACCGAUUAUAAAUGGGCUAACAUUUGGAUCCAAUUUGAGACAUAGAUUAGGACACGUUCAAAGUGAUGCAAAGAACUCUCAUUUAUUCAUACAUCGUCCUAACUCUUCGAUUCAAGACUUCAAGGCUACUUCUUGUGAAAAUAAUAGUUUUAAACAUAAUGAAAGGAAUAUUUCUAAACUAAGAUGUUUAAAGAGCUUUCAUAGUUCUAUAAGUGAUGAGUUUGACUCCAAAAUUUCUGACAAAGUUUUAGAAUUUCAAAAUUUCAAUGAUAAAUAUAAUGAAGAUGUAAAUGAAUGGAAAUUAGGAUUAGGAAUAGAUAUGAAUAAAGACACAUAUGGGGUCUCUGAGAGACCGUUGCCUCUUUCACCAAUGGCCACGGGACAAGAUGCUUCAAUCGAAUCCACUUUCCAGAAUACAGACGAAUCGGAAUCAAAUGCUACGAGGAAAUCUAAGAUCGAACAGCAAGCCAAAAAUACAGACAAAAGUCAUAGGCUUUCAGUCCUAGAGAUGAUGAACACUUUGAGCGCUCUAGAGAAAGAAGACUCAUUUCUGGAAGCUAAAUCAUCGUCUGGUCAAAGCAAAGAGAAUAGAAAAUCAAUAAUUGAUAUGAUGGCUACUCUUCAGACCUUGGAGUCUGGAAGUAAUUCAGUAAUAACUCAGAAGCAUUGUGCGAAAGACAGUAAUGAAAACAACUCGUCGGCUUACGGGGUAACACCCAACGUUGGUGGUCAAAGGGUUUCAUCGAAGCAGCGAUCGAAAGAUCCUCGUCAAAGACUCAUAAAUGAUGAACGUAAAAGGUAUUCUUGGUUCAGUAAUGAUGAAGCCGACAAUUUUAAAGUCGGCGCCAAUACGUCGAAUGAUUAUCUCGGGCUUAUUGAAGAUUCAGCCACAAGUGAUAUCGGCGCUAAUAUGAAAUCAUCUCUUGAGGUCAGUACUCUGGGUAAUGCCAUUAGUAAUUCUACGAUUGAAGAUGAUUUAAUCGAUGAAAUUAACCAAUUACCUGAAGAUUUUAAUUUUGAAGAGCAUGAAUAUGAAAACCGAUUUUUGAAGUCUAAUAAUGUCAAUGGAUUUAUGAGGUCAAAUUCAUAUAAUAAAAAGCCAGCAAAGACUAUAGUUGAUAAUACAGCUUAUCAGACCAACAAGAUCGAGAUCUCAAACAAGACCGUUACAUUUUAUCGGACAAAUAGUUCAGGCAAGUCAUCAGAUACUAGCAGAAGUCGCAGUUUAAGCAGAGGACCUUCAAAUCGUUCUAUUAAUUCAUUUACAUCGGUCAAUGAAGAAGAGCAGGAGACUGAUACUUUGGAGCUUGAUACAAAUACCACAUUAUCUCCAAAGCUCAUAAAUAUGUACGACAGAACUGGAGAUCCAUUUUUUAAAAGCUCCUACAAUCUAACUACAAUUUCAGAAUCUGAUAGUCCUGGAUUUAAAUAG